AUGGCCCCCCCGGCUGGCUCGACGGGCUCGACAGGCUACAAAGUCCUGACGCCCGACCAAGUCUCCCACUUCAUGCAACACGGCUACGUCGUGAUCGAGCAGUGUUUCUCCAAAGAAGCCUCGGACGAAUGGACCAAAGACGUGUGGACCCGUCUGGGGAUGGACCCUGCGGACAAGACGACGUGGACGCGCGAACGCACCAACAUGCCCGAACACCGCCGGUUGCAGGUCCCGGACUUUGCGCCCAAGGCGUGGGAUGCCAUCUGCGAUCUGGUCGGCGGGGAGGACCGCGUCACCGAGAUGAGCAAGACGUGGAGUGAUUCGUUUAUCGUCAACUUGGGCACUCCCGAGGGCGAGGGUAAGGAGUACGGUCCGAAAGAACUGGACGGGUGGCAUGUCGAUGGUGAUUUCUUCAUCCACUUCCUCGAUUCGCCGGAGCAGGCUCUCCUGGUGAUCCCUCUGUUCACCGACAUCCACCCCAACGGCGGAGGCACGUGGAUCUGCAGCGAAGGACCCGCGAGGAUAGGCAAGCAUCUGUACGACCACCCCGAAGGCGUAACACCGCACAUGACGCCAGUCACUGACGACACCGACGACACGCCCGCCACGGACCCGGGCCUCGCAUUCUUCAACAGCACCAUCCAAGACCGCGCCGACGCGUCCUUUCACGAAAUGACAGGCCGCCAAGGCGACGUCAUCCUCCUGCACCCGCUCACCUUGCACACGGCGUCCAAGAACGGCCGCCGUCUGCCGCGCAUCAUCACCAACCCGCCCGUCUCGCUGGUCGAGCCGUUCAACUUUGACCGCGAGUCGUCCGUGGCGGAGGAGCCGUACUCGCUCGUGGAGCGCAAGACCAUCCAGGAUCUAGGCGGCCAGGAGGCGCUGACGGGGUGGAAGGUCACGGGCCAGAGGAGGCGCGUGGUCCCCGAACGGUUGAGGGUCCAGGCGCGCUGGCUGGAGGAGGAGGCGAGGCGGUUGAGGGACGCGGGCCGCGAGUAUGCCGAUCGGACGCAGACGGAGGAGUCGAUGCUGGAGCAGGCAAAGGGGUUGAGGCCCAUUCCUGAGAUGGCCGAGGCGAGAUAG